UGGCUCCACGCACCGGACCGGGCGGAGUGUGGGCGGACAUGGGGCGGGCUGAAGGUGUCGCUGUCGGGCUGGUUUCCCGGGCUCCGGACAGUCCCCUCCAGCCGGUACGUUCGGCGCUGGAAUAGCGGCCAUGGCAGCGGAGCGCCGAGCCUUCGCCCAGAAGAUUAACAGGACGGUGGCUGCAGAGGUUCGGAAGCAGGUCUCCAGAGAAUAUGGCGGGUCUCCACAACUUUCCAAGAAACGAGCAGGAAGUCAGCAAUCGAUCCCCCUGACGGAUGUGGUGGAUCCUCUGGAUUUUGAGGAGUUUCUCACUUGUCACCCCCCUGAAUCAGACUACGAAGCCCUCAGAGACUUGUAUGACUUCCCCGCUGAUGACAUUGAGAUCUUAUAUGAGCCCAGAGAAUGCCGCACACUGGAGCCAGCAGCCCCGGAGGAAGGGAAGCUGGAUGCUCGGGUUCGUGAUGCACUCAAAGUUUAUACCCAUGACUGGGUGAUUGUACAGAGGAGGUCUCAGAGUCUGAGCACGGCGUACACUCCCAUCACCGCAGAACGCCAGCGACAACGGCAGAAAGCUCUGAACCGACAGUUGUAUGAGCUGGAUGAGGCCUCCGAGGAUAGGGGGGUUCCUCCCGAGGAGCAGGAGGAGAAAAAAAGAGCAUCUACAUCGAUGGAUGAGACCCCCCGGGGCAGUUGGGCUUCUAGUAUAUUUGACCUGAAGAACUCUUCUCCAGAUCCAAUACUGCCAGGUCUGCUGGAGAGGACACCACCAGAAGAGGUGGACAGGAUGAACGAUGAGCAACGUAGAGAGAACCGACACCAUCACAUCCUCGCUCUCUAUCCAGCUCCUGAUGAGGAUGAAGCUGUGGAGAGAGAUCGUCGUUCCUGAGGUGCCCAAG